AUGCAGCUCACGAACAGCCAUUGUGCUGCCUUCUUUCCAAAGGCUGACGCUGCCGUCCUUUUGUCGAGACAUGCUGCGCCCGCAUUAGCUGAGCGUCCUACCGCGACCGCACCAAUUCUUGAUCCAGAGCAUGCCCAACUACCGCUUGAUACGCUUUCCGAAGAAGCUCUCGAGUCUGUAUAUCCGGAAAAGGACAAUGAUUGGGCGCCCGCGCCCAUCCCUAGCCAGACGCAAUGUCCUUCUGAAUGCAAUGCCAGCCAAUAUCUCUUCCCUGCUCUGGCCCGCAAUGAGAGGCUGAGGCUAACCAUGGUCUUCUACUACACCCGCGGCGCGCUUGGGGACGAAGAACUCAUGUCUCGUUUACAGGAAAAAGUCCUCAUCGCUCAUGAGACAGUAGGAUGGGACUUCGCCAUCGCCGGUCUUUUGAAUCACAACACGUAUACUCGCAUGGUGACAGUGAAUCUUCCACUCGCUGUCUUACCGCGUCGUGAGAGUACUUGUGCCCACACUAUCAACCAAUCGCCAGGUACAAUUUUCGCAUUACCCAACAUGGUCGAAGACUGGCGUUUCAAGCAUUCGCCUCACGUCGAGCAAGGAGGCUUACGUGCAUACGCUGGCGUACCGCUCAAGUUUGAAACCGAGUUUGGCGAACACGUGGCCUUUGGUUCCCUCUGUGUCGCUUCAAACUCCCCUCAGGAACUCUUGUCCAGAACAGUGCAGCAAUCUCUAGCCCGUCUCGCCGAUUGGAUCGUCGCCGAUAUCGUUCACAGCGCAAGAGGUAGACGUCAACGCGAACGUAGGAGGAUGCUAGAGCUGCUUUCUUAUGCACAGCAGCAGUGCGACGAAUAUGCUGACAUGGAACAAGCCAUUCCAAACAUGCUCCGCCAAGUCUACCCGGAUGCCCAAGUAACCAUCACUCAGGCAAUAAAUGGCCAAAUUAUUCUUGAUAGUGGUACCACUUUCCUGUCCUCCAAACUGGAGCAGGGCCUCUGGGAAGACACUGCAUAUUUCGACUAUGCUAUCAAGACCAUGAAUCACCUGGACAUGACCGCUCCCCGGGCUGUGCGUGCCAUUGCUGCACAGUGCACCAGUCAACGCGCGCCCACCUUUCUUGUAGUAGCUUGCAAUGACCUCAAAAUGGUGUUUGACGACGUCGAUUCUUGGUUUGUGAACACGAGCGUGACAAUUUUGAGUCAAUAUUGGCAAGGCCUUGCACUUCGAGAAGCACUUGCAGCCAAGGAGCAAUUCCUCCGCGGCAUCACACAUCAGCUGCGAACGCCCAUACACGGCAUUCUUGGUUCAGUCGAGCUCUUGACGGAAGAGUUGAAGAUGCGACAUGUGAUUCUCCCGACAGCCGCGUCAUCACCCAGUGCAAGCCCGAGCAUGGAACAGCUAGAUCCACAUACCUAUAUCCAGACGAUCAAGUCCUCGGCGAGAGAUCUCAUCUCGACUGUCAACAGUCUCAUCAAACUAAAUCAAUGGGCGUAUAUUGCACAAGCAGAACGCGUACUAACCCUGCAAACCGUUUCCGAAAUUGAGGUUCAACUCCCGCAAAAAUUCUGCCGACUUACGUCCGAAUCCCAAACAUCGUCUUUGGGACAUUACUUUGGCCAGUAUCUCUCAGACUCUGGAUGGCUAGAGUCCACGGAAAUGAAAGAAGCCUUCAUGAUCGUGGACUACACACCAAAUCUCGCACAACUUUACAACACUACCUGGAGUAUCGCUGCCGACCAAGUUGCGAUAUGUCCCGUUCCCGAGAAUGCAUGCUUCCUUGACUUCCAAGAAGAACGGAUCCGACGUCAGAACAAUGUUCUAUACGUCCAGGGCCCAUUCAAAAAUGACAUAAUCGAACAAGCACUAGAGCUUGCAGAUGCGAUUCUUGCCGAAUUUAGGCCGUUUACUCUGGAAACAAAGAGUUGUUCUAUGUGGGGCAUUUCUACAAAGUCCACCACCUUGCUCAUUUCUCCAAGAUCAAACAAUCACCCAAAAACCUUGUUAGAGCGGCCUUCAAUGUUUCCGGAAAAGUUGCAAACGGAGUUGGCGAAAGCUGUGCAAACUCUGCACAUCCAGGUAACCGCUACGGUGCCUACUGUCGAGAUCCAUAAACCGAAGAUAAAGCCCAUGUCACUGCUCGUCGACGAUAACGCCGUCAAUCUGCGCCUGCUAGAAAUGUACUGCACUCGCCGCAACAUUCCGUAUCGAUCGGCAAGUGAUGGGCAGCAAGCUGUGGAGCUGUUCUCUGCAGCACUCCUAUUCAGGAACGAUCUGUCAUCACAGCAGAAAUCAGACGAGAGGCCCUUUGAUUUGAUCCUCAUGGAUCUACAGAUGCCGGUUUGCAACGGCUUCGAAGCGACAAGACAGAUACGACAGCUAGAGAGAGAGCAAGGAUGCGAGAGCAGUGCUCUGUUCAUUGUCACCGGCCAAGACUCGCCAGAUGAUCGAAGGGGCGCAGAAGAAGCAGGCGCAGACGAGUUCCUCGUGAAGCCAAUAGGACCCAAGUUUCUCGAUACAUGGGUGAAGAAGUGGUUCCCCGACGCCGACAUCUGA